AGCACUCUUGCUGCGGCCGGAAGCGGUACUGCAGGGCGGAAGUGGCGCACCUGUUGCUGGAAGUGUUGACUCCUCGACUUCACCUGAAGCUCACCUGUGGAGCUUCUUCCUCUACAGCCCCUUCAUGGACAAGUUAAAGAAGGUUCUGAGCGGCCAGGAUGAAGGGAACAGCGACGGGACCGGGAUCCUGGAGAGAGCCAAUCAGGCGUCAACACUGGCCUGGGGCACCCGGAUGAAGGGCUUUGUGGUGUGCUUCGUUCUGGGCAUCGUCAGCUCCAUCCUGGGCAGCUGCCUGCUGUGGGUCCCCCGCGUGGGCCUCGCCGUGUUCGCUGUCCUCUACAGCGUGGGAAACCUCAGUGCUCUGGCCAGCACCAUGUUCUUGAUUGGUCCAUGUCGACAGCUGAAGACCAUGUUUGCUAAAGAGAGGGCGCUAGCCACCGUCAUCAUGGGGGUUUGUCUGGUGUUGACGCUUUGUGCUGCAUUCUGGUGGAAGAAUAACGGCCUCGCUCUGCUCUUCUGUGUACUUCAGUUCCUAGCCUUUGCCUGGUACGGCCUUUCAUACAUCCCCUUCGCCAGGGACGGUGUCGUGAAAUUAUGUUCAAUGUGCUUCUGAGAGACGUCUCGACCAAUCAGGAAGCAGGACUCCGCCCACUGUGUAUCCAAUCAGCAACUUAAACAUUUCAAAACCUGAUACGGUUCAAAUCAAUGUUAGCUUUUAGCAUGUAGCUGCUAGCAUGCAGUCACUGUUGACAUGUUAGCAUUUAGCUACAGUUAGCGCCUUGUUUGUAGCCACUGUUAGAUAUUAUCCACUGUAAGCAUGUAGCCUCUGUUAGCUCUUAGCAUAUAGCCUCUGUUAGCUCUUAGCAUGUAGCCUCU